UCCUGCCCAUUAUUGAUAGGCGCCGGGCUGCAGAGCUGGUGGCAGGAUUAUACAGAAAGCUCAGUCUGGCUGGCCAGACCUCAUGCUCCUUGAAAAGGCACCAAGGAGGAGCUCUUACUCGCCCUCUUUUUUGUUUGUUUUUCUCUCGGCGAGGCCUCGGUUUGCGCGGACGUCUUGGCCUUUUGGCACUACCACCCACCUGAAGCUCUUCCGCUUCCUCUUUGUUCAGGCUCCGCCCCCAGCGUCCUGUGGCCAUGACUACCGCCCCGCGGGACUCCCUGGUGUGGAAGCUCGCUGGGCUGCUGCGGGAUGCAGUCCUGUCUGGCCGUAGCACCCUGAGCCUGCUCACUGCCGCGCUGCAGCAGCUGAAUCACGUAUUUGAGCUGCACCUGGGGCCAUGGGGCCCUGGCCAGACAGGCUUUGUGGCUCUGCCUUCCCACCCUGCCGACUCUCCCGUCAUCCUCCAGCUUCAGUUCCUCUUCGACGUGCUGCAGAAAACACUUUCACUCAAGCUGGUCCAUGUCCCAGGUCUUGGCCUCCCAGGGCCCAUCAAAAUCUUUCCAUUCAAGUCCCUUCGGCAGCUGGAGCUCCGAGGUGUCCCCCUCCACUGCCUCCAUGGCCUCCGUGCCAUCUAUUCCCAGCUGGAGACCCUGAUUUGCAGCAGGAGCCUCCAGGCAUUAGAGGAGCUCCUUUCAGCCUGCGGUGGGGACCUCUGCUCCGCCCUGCCCUGGCUGGCUCUGCUCUCUGCCGACUUCAGCUACAACACUCUGACUGCCUUGGACAGCUCCCUGCGUCUCUUGUCAGCUCUGCGCUUCUUGAACCUGAGCCACAAUCAGGUCCAGGACUGUGAGGGUUUCCUGAUGGACUUGUCUGAGCUCUGCCAUCUGGACAUCUCCUAUAACCAUCUGCGUCUGGUGCCGAGAAUGGGACCCUCGGGGGCUGCUCUGGGGACCCUGAUACUACGAGGCAAUGAGCUCCAGAGCCUGCACGGCCUGGAGCAGCUGCGGAACCUGCGGCACCUGGAUGUGGCCUACAACCUGCUGGAAAGACACAGGGAGCUGUCGCCACUGUGGCUGCUGGCUGAGCUCCGCAAGCUCUGCCUGGAGGGGAACCCUUUGUGGUUCCACCCUGAGCACCGAGCGGCCACCGCCCGGUGCUUGUCGCCCCGUGCCAGGGACGCUGCUGCUGGGUUCCUUCUUGAUGGGAAGGCCUUGUCACUGACUGAUUUUCAGACCUCCCCAUCCUCAGGCCUUGGCCCCAUGGCCCCACCUCUGCCCCGGCCGGUGGGGAGUACCACAGAAACCUCCGGCGGCGCUGACUUGAGUGACAGCCCCUCGUCGGGGGGCGUUGUGGUCCAGCCCCCGGUUCGUAAGGUUAAGAGCCGAGUCCGUGUGAGGCGGGCGAGUAUCUCGGAACCCAGUGAUACGGACCCGGAGCCCCGGACUCUGGACCCCUCCCUGGCUGGGUGGUUUGUGCAGCAGCAUCGGGAACUGGAGCUCAUGAACAGCUUCCGGGACCGCUUUGGCCGUGACUGGCUGCAGUACAGGAAUCACCUGCAGGCCUCCGGGACCCCUGCCCUAGGCACCCUGCGUCCGGGCACACCGAGCCCAGAGACUGUAUGCAGCCCUCCGCCCCCUGAGACGGAGUCUGCACAGGAAGAGGCAGAGGAGGUCGGGGUGGAGCCGGAGCCGCAGGAGGAAGAGGAGGGAGGGGAAGAGGAAGAGGAGGAGGAGGAGGGGCAGGAGCCACGCGGAGUGGAGGUGGAGCUCUGCCACCCCAUGUUGGUGUGUCCCCUGGAGGGGCCCGAGGGCUUGCGGGGCAGGGAAUGCUUUCUCUGGGUCACUGCUGGCCACCUGUUUGAGGUGGAGCUCCAAGCAGCUCGAACCCUGGAACGGCUUGAGCUCCAGAGUCUCGAGGCAGCUGAGAUAGAGGCUGAGACCCAGACCCAGAGUGAGCCGGUGCCCGAGGGCUCAGAUCCACGCCCUGGGGGCCCCGUCCUCGUUCUCCGCUUCUCCUACAUCUGCCCCGAGCGGCAGUUGCGUCGCUAUGUGGUGCUGGAGCCAGAUGCCCAGGCCGCUGUCCAGGAGCUGCUGGCUGUGUUGACCCCAGCAGCCACCUUGGGGAAGCAUCAGCUUGGGGAGGCGAGGGACCCUCCCGGCGGCAGACUCCAGUGUCUGCGCUGUGGCCACGAGUUCAAGCCAGAGGAGCCCAGGUCGGGACUGGACGGUGAGGAAGGCUGGAGGCCUCUGUUCCGGAAGACAGAAUCGCCUGCCGUGUGUCCAAACUGUGGCAGUGAUCACGUGGUUCUCCUGUCCCCUGGAACCCCCAGUGGGAAACAGAGGCAGGGAGAGCAAUCGCCGGCCCCCUCGCAGUCUCCGAGCCCCGUCCAUGGCCCUCCUGGCCACAGUGCGUACGGCACCAGGGCCGGCAGUGCCCCAUCUCAGGCACCGGCCUCCCGUGACUGCCACAGUUGGAGCCUCAGCCCCCCCCCUGAGCGCCGUGGCCUCUGCUCUGUGGACCACCGACUCCGGCUCUUCCUGGACGUUGAGGUGUUCACCGAUGCCCAAGAGGAGUUCCAGUGCUGCCUCAAGGUGCCAGUGGUGUUGGCAGGGCACCCUGGGGAGUUUCUGUGUCUCGCGGUUGUGUCUGAUCAUAGGCUCUACGUGUUGAAGGUGACAGGGGAGAUCCGCGGGCCUCCGGCUGGCUGGCUGCAGCCGACCCUGGCCAUUCCCCUGCAGGAUCUGAGUAGCAUAGAGCUGGGCCUGGCAGGACAGAGCCUGCGGCUGGAGUGGGCGGCCGGGGCAGGUGGCUGUGUCCUGCUGCCCCGAGAUGCCAGGCACUGCCGGGCCUUCCUGGAGGAGCUUACGGAUGUCUUGCAGUCUCUGCCCCCCACCCGGAGGAGCAGCGUCAGCGCCACGGAGGAGGAGGUGACCCCGAAGCAUCGGCUCUGGCCGUUGCUAGAGACAGACCCUUCCUUGGAGCCUCUCCGGUUCUUCUAUCUUCGGGCAUUCCUGGUUGAAGGGCCUUCUACCUGCCCUGUGUCCCUGUUGCUGACUCUGUCCACCCUGUACCUGUUAGAGGAGGACCCUAUAGGGUCCCAGGCAGAGGCCCCUCUUCCAGCGGCAUCGGGCGAAGCCUCUGAGAAGGCCCCACCCCCCGGGCCAGGUCCUUCAGUGCGUGUCAGGGAGCAGCAGGCACUCAGCAGCCUGAGCUCCGUGCUGCUGUAUCGCGUGGCCCCAGAGCACCUGCGGCUGGUCUUCUACGACGAGGUGUCCCGGCUGGAGAGCUUUUGGGCACUCCAUGUUGUGUGUCCGGAGCAGCUGACGGCCCUGCUGGCCUGGAUCCGGGAGCCCUGGGAGGAGUUGUUUUCCAUCGGACUUCGAACUGUGACCCAAGAGGCUCUAGAUCUUGGCCAGUGAGGCUGCCAUGCUGGUCCCGCCCCCGGCCUCAGGAGCCACGGCUACAGGUGUUCUCUCUCCAGACUCUGGCUGCGGACUUCUCUGGCCUUUGGGCACUGGUCAGCAAGGCCCCAAAUGACCCAAAACUCAGGGGCAGGGUGAGAGGACUGGUCCAGCCUCCAGAUGACCUGGCCCGAGGGAACGGGCUGAGUGGUCAGAAGGAGUGUUUCUCCUGCACUUUUUCUCAGGUAUCAAUAAAGUUGUUUCCAUUCCGGAUGCCAUGGGUGCAGUUGGAUGUGUCACUCGUGAGGCCUGCUGUUCCUCUACUACUUCUAACAGAAACUGCCCCGCCCAUGGCUCUUCCCCAACGGACAGGCCAAGCAGCCUGUUUGAACUGUGAGACCCCAUCUUCCAACCCUGCUUUUUGCCCCCUCUGAUGGGAUCCAGUAGGACUCCUACCUAUGGGCACCAGUCCUCAGCCAGCAGCACCUGUCAUGAGGCCUGGUGUGGAAAUCACUGCCUAACAAAGAGCUGGGACACUCACAUUGUCACUCUCCUGAGUUUCAGCUGGGAACUAACGAGACUCUCAGGCCAUUGGCAGUGGGAGCUGAAUACGAGUGCGACUGGGUAGCGGGUUCGUGGAGCCGGGCUGUGGAGGGAGGGCAGCCACCUGGUGGUUUCCGUUCCUGCCUUCUUGUCAGUACUGCCUCACUCAGCCCAGGGGCCUGGUUGGGUUGACCCCACUCCUCUCCCUGUGUCUCUGUGGCUGUGGUGAUCGGUUCAGGAAUUCCCCUGUGGCCCAGCUUGGCCUCUACCAAGGCCCAGUCCUGGCCUUUUGCUGGAGCAGCCGAGAAAGACGCAAGUUUCCCCCAGGAGGGCUGAGAGGACGAGCCUGCAGCUGCUGGCCCUGAGGGGAGGUGGAACCAUGCCGAGACAGGGAGGCAGAGCUGAGAGGUGGGGCAAGCAAGGCCAAGUCUGGGUGGUGUCCGUGGAGUCCUUGGGUCCAGAGUGACCGCAGGCAGAUAGCCCUGGAAUUUUAGGUUAUGUGAGCCAAAGGGGAGCCCCUCCUUUUUUCUGUUCGGCUUAAGCUAAUUUGAGCCGAAUAUGAGCCGCUGAAGGGUCCGAACUACAUACACCCCUAUUCUGACUUGACCCAGCCUGAGUAGGGAUCUGUUUCCUGCACCCAAGAAUGAACACAAGGGGAGUAGUGGCUCCCAUACGUUCGUGUAGAGAGGUCCUGGUAAAAGGGCUUGGGAAGGGAGCGUGGGGAUUCCCACGGAGCCCCAGAGCCUGGCUCUGGUUGAGUGUGUGUGUGGUUUUGAGAACUAAUGGGUGGGCCUUAUUUUGGGAGCAGGUACGUGCCAGGCACUGAGUUCAGUGUUGACAGUCUGCUCCACGCAGGGGUCCUGGGAGGUGGUGGCAUCUUGUUACAGGUGAGGAAACUGAGGCCUAGAGGAGGUGGAUGAUUUGCCCAAGAUCUCGUCAGUAAGGAGACCUGAUGAGUCCAGGCUAAUAUAACUUCAAACCUGCGCUGUCAGCAAACCACUGGGCGCACUGCCUGCCCCUUCACUGCAGUGCGUGGGCCUCUGUGCCAGCCCCGCUUAGAGCGGGAUCACUGCGCACUUUAUCCUGCGCUGGGGCUCUCUGAAUAACCGUACACUUGUCUAGGACGGGGAGGCCCAGAUGCACCAUAUUUGAAGUUUUUCUUUCCUCCAGAGUGUGGUGAGAUGUUAGGAGAAGUAUUAAUUCGUGGGUGGUUUUCACCCCUCCCAGCUGACUGGAGAGAACAAGAUGCUGGGUCUUGCAGUUUUAAGUGAAAGGGCUAAGCUGUAAGAAGAGAUGUGAAAGGGACCUUAACUAGAUAAGAGGUCUGGAGCGGGAGAGGGGAGGGUUUUUAGAGAAGAGCAUUAGAGGCAGUGUCGGUGCAGCUCCCCUGACGUUGGGGGGCUCUCAGGGCGGCGGGCCCUGUGCCUUGCUCCCUGUUUGGAAUUAGGAAGGACAGUGACCUGUCAGAUGCUCCCCAGGCCACCGGGGCAGAUGGAGAUAUGGCAGUUGGGAAGGACCUGGAAGAAUAGGGCUGGUGAAUAAAAGCAAAAAUAAAUAAAUGAGACCUAAUUAAACUUAAAAGCUUUUGCACAGCAAAGGGAACCAUAAACAAAAUGAAAAGACAACUCUCAGAAUGGGAGAAAAUACUUGCAAACGAAGCAACCAACAAGGGAUUAAUCUCCAAAAUAUACAAACGGCUCAUGCAGCUCAAUAUCAAAAAACAAACAACCCAAUCCAAAAAUGGGCAGAAAAUCUAAAUAGACAUUUCUCCAAAGACAUACAGUUGGCCAAAAAGCACAUGAAAAGAUGCUCAACAUCACUAGUUAUUAGAGAAAUGCAAAUCAGAACUACAAUGAGGGGCUUCCCUGGUGGCGCAGUGGUUGAGAGUCCGCCUGCCGAUUCAGGGGACACGGGUUCGUGCCCCGGUCCGGGAAGAUCCCACAUGCCGCGGAGCGGCUGGGCCUGUGAGCCGUGGCCGCUGAGCCUGCGCGCCCAGAGCCUGUGCUCCGCAACGGGAGAGGCCACAGCGAGA